CCAGCAUGUUUGUAAACACGGCUGAUGUAUAACUCCACACUGACCGGCUCCCAGAGCGGCCUUUUACAUCUAGUUUCUGUUUAAUGUGAAGGAUGGAGGUGGAAGCGAGUAGACCUUAUUUCUUCGGUGAUAUCGGCUUCUGGUCGGAGAGGACAGAAGUCCACAAGGCUGCGUAUCAAGGCCAGGUGUCACAUCUGCAGAGUCUGAUCCAGAGUGGAGCUUCAGUGAACAUCGUGGCCAUCGACUCCAUCACUCCUCUCCACGAGGCAGCUCUCCGAGGACAGACGCAGUGUGUGAAGCUGCUGCUGGAUGCCGGAGCGCAGGUGGACGCGAGGAACGUGGACGGCAGCACUCCGCUGUGUGAGGCCUGUUCUGCUGGGAGCUCUGAUUGUGUGCGGCUUCUCCUCGAGUACGGGGCGAAGGUUAAUCCUGCCCUUACCUCCCGCACCACCUCUCCUCUACACGAGGCCUGUAUUGGAGGAAACGCUGAAUGUGUUAAGCUCGUGAUAGCUAAAGGAGCCAGUCUGGAAGCUUACGAUCUAUACAACGGCCCUCCGCUACAUGUAGCCUGCGCUAGCCAGCACCUGGAGUGUGUCAAGGUGCUGCUCAAUGCAGGAGUGAAAGUUAACACCGUCCGGCUGCACGAGACGGCGCUACACCACGCAGCGAAGGCCAACAAUGUAGAAAUGAUUGAGCUGCUAGUGGAGUUCGGUGCGAACAUCUACGCCAAAGACAAACUCGAGAGGAAGCCGGUCGACUACACCAGGCCCGACACAGCAGCUGCUCUCUGUCUGCAGCUUUACGAGAAUUGUCCUCUGUCUCUGCAGCAGCUGAGCCGUAUCACACUGAGGCGUGUCCUGGGCACCAGAGCGCUGCAGGUCAUCACCAAACUCAACCUUCCCAAUUUUAUCAUUCGCUACCUCUCAUACUUGUGAGCUCUCUUCGUGCACACACACACACA